CCGUGGCUGGGCGCGGGCAGGAGCGGUGAGAAAGUGAGAGCUACCGACGGCCCCUGGGGCGGCGCGUCUCCUUUAAGGGCGACUCGGCUUGGCCGCGGCCUCUCCCUCGGGCCGCCGCACGCUCCCCCCUCCCGCCCCGGCGGGGGUGGGGGGAGGGUCACGUGGUUCACACGUUCGGCGCCGGGAGCGCGGAGCCAGGGGCCGCCCGGAGUCGCCGCCGCCGCUGCCUCGGUUCGGAGGCCCGACCUGCCCAGGCAGGCAGUGUCCCUAAGUAACGGACCGAGCUUGACCGGAGUGGCCGCCGCCGCCGCCCAGAAAGAAGACACAGGGAGGAUUAAAGACUGCUGGGAUAGCCUUGAAGCCCCUGCACUUUCAACUUGUAGCAAUGCUGAUAUUUUCCGUAGAAUAAACGCCAUGUUGGACAACUCUCUGGAUUUCAGUCGAGUCUGCACAACACCUAUUGCAAAAGGAAGACAUGAUCACUUGUCAGACUUCUCAGACUCUGAAGGAACAGUUACAAGCAGGAUGCUUUUCCCCACCUCUGCGCAAGAAUCUUCCCGGGGCCUCCCGGAUGCAAAUGACCUGUGCCUUGGCCUGCAGUCCCUUAGCUUGACAGGGUGGGACAGACCAUGGAGUACCCAGGACUCUGAUGCUGCAGCACAGAGCAGCCCACAAUCGGUACUGAGCAUGCUCAAUAAUCCACUGGGAAAUGUACUGGGAAAACCUCCCCUGGGCUUCUUGCCCCUGGACCCUACUAAUUCUGACUUGGUGGAAAAGUUUCCAACACCAUCUCUGAGAGGAUCCCGCCUGGAUGCCCGUCCUGUCCUGGAUUCUCGUUCUAGCAGCCCCUCUGAUUCGGAUACAAGUGGGUUCAGCUCUGGAUCAGAUCAUCUCUCGGAUUUAAUUUCCAGCCUCCGCAUCUCCCCUCCUCUGCCCUUCCUGCCCCUUGGGGCUGGUCCCAGAGACCCUUUAAAGAUGGGAGUUGGGUCCUGGCUGGACCAAGACCAGGCUGCUCUAGCUGCAGUGACUCCCUCUCCUACCAGUGCAUCAAAGAGAUGGCCGGGAGCAUCAGUUUGGCCUUCUUGGGACCUGUUAGAAGCUCCAGAGGAUCCUUUCAGUAUUGAGAGGGAGGCCAGACUCCAUAGACAAGCUGCAGCUGUGAAUGAAGCCACUUGCACCUGGAGUGGUCAGCUUCCUCCUCGAAACUACAAGAACCCUAUCUAUUCCUGUAAGGUGUUUUUAGGAGGAGUUCCUUGGGACAUCACGGAAGCUGGAUUGAUUAAUACCUUCCGUGUAUUUGGCUCUUUGAGUGUGGAAUGGCCUGGUAAGGAUGGCAAACACCCCCGCUGCCCUCCCAAAGGUAAUAUGCCUAAAGGGUAUGUGUACUUGGUGUUUGAGCUGGAGAAAUCUGUGCGUGCCCUGCUCCAAGCUUGUUCCCAAGAUCCACUAAGUCCAGAUGGCCUGAGCGAGUAUUACUUCAAGAUGUCCAGCCGCAGGAUGCGUUGUAAGGAAGUGCAGGUUAUCCCCUGGGUCUUGGCUGACAGCAACUUUGUCCGGAGCCCAUCACAGAGACUGGAUCCUAGCAGAACAGUCUUUGUUGGGGCACUGCAUGGGAUGCUCAACGCAGAGGCCCUGGCUGCAAUUGUAAAUGAUCUGUUUGGAGGAGUAGUGUAUGCUGGCAUUGACACGGAUAAGCACAAGUAUCCUAUCGGAUCUGGCCGAGUGACUUUUAACAAUCAACGCAGUUAUCUGAAGGCAGUCAGCGCUGCUUUUGUGGAGAUCAAAACUACUAAGUUUACUAAGAAGGUUCAGAUUGACCCCUACCUAGAAGACUCUCUCUGUCAUAUCUGCAGCGCUCAGCCAGGUCCAUUCUUCUGUCGAGAUCAGGUCUGCUUCAAGUACUUUUGCCGAAGCUGUUGGCACUGGCGACACAGUACUGAGGGCCUUCGUCACCAUCGCCCACUAAUGCGUAAUCAGAAGAGUCGAGAAUCUAGCUAGAGGGUUGGUGGGUGUCCAUCUGCCCCUGGUGAAGCUGGUUCAACCUGAGUGGUGAGAGCCGGAGUGUCGCUACCAGCCUCAGGCCCAAGCUGGGAAGCACACUUCCAAAGGACACGGGGAAAAUCUUACAUUCACCUUUGCACUUGCUGAUCUGUCUUUGUUUCUGCACUAAUGCACAGUGAGUUUUGUCGGGUUUUGUUUUCAGGGGGUGUUAUAAGGGGAAGGGCCCCCCAGUCACCUCCCAAGUGAAUCUGCAGUUUUCCCAGACUUUAGUUC